UGAUUUUACUGAGCCAAACACCGAGUUCCAUGUUACCGGGCACCGGAAAUACAAAAUUAUGAAAACUACUAAAUGACAUAAAGAUGCACCUCUUAAUUCAAUAAUAACAGUAUAAAUAAUUAUUUAAAUAGCUAUAAAUAAUUUCAUAAUUAAACGUGAUUAACUGCUAAUUUCUAAAUUAAACUAAGCGGUCUUUACAUAAUGCUUGUAGCAUUCUCAUUACAAUUGAACUCCCUUUUUUUUUAUAGAAUUCUAUUCAUAUUUAUAGGCGAGAGUUGGGAAGUAUCUCAAUGCUCUUGGUAAAUCCUCAUUUACUCUCUAGGCCCUAUGUGGCUUUUUUCUAGGCCGAGGAAAUAAUUUCUGGUAACGGACGUAUGGGGUAGGACCUAAAGUAAGAGUUUGGUGAGACAACAUUGGAGGUGUUCACGGCUGAUGGGACAGUGCAAAAGGAAGUCGUCAAUAAGCGAUAAUAGGAAAACAUAAUGUCAAAAAAAAUAUGGGUUAAAUCCAAAAAAAAAUCAUAUUUCUAAGUACAAAUUCAUUUUGUCGUCGGUAAGGAAAGAGUCACCUACAAUGCUCGGAGGCCGAGACUAUGACUUAACUUUGGGAACUCUCCUAGGAUCUUUGUUUGUUCUCGGAUACCAAUGUAUCUACCAGAAGUUCUCAUGAUCGGAGUAUUAAUAUCAAUUGGUCAUCUCGUUCAUGUGGCAUGUGGCUGAUUCUCAAAUGGCCACAUAUUUUUGGUAAAAAAAUAUGGACAACAAUAACACUAAGCUAUUUUAUAAUGGAGUGCUUCCAAUGCUCUAAGCAGUUUAAGAUGGGAAAUUUACACCCACUACUGAUUUUUCCCAUUUUAUUACAUUUAUACUGUGCCACGCUGGAAACAACAUUUAUACUGUUUUUUUUUUUUUUUUUUUUUGCCUUUUAAACUUUAGCCGUGUAAGGGAUUUUCAUUGCCACUUGUCACGAUAGGGUUUUGCCACGUUUUUUUUUUAAAAAAAAAAAAAUUUAAUUGUUUGAUUUGACGGUUAUGUGUUCUGAUCAAAAAGUAUUGUGUUUAUGUAUUUUUCUUUUAUUUUUUUUUUUAUUAUUUUCGAAUCUAAAUUUUGUAAUUGGUAAUCUCUCUCACCUCAACUGUUCAUCUUCUUCCCCAUUUUCAGUUUGCUUAGACGGUUGUAAUAGUGGGUGGUUUUUUAAUUUUAAAAAAUUUCAAAUCCCAUCCCACUAUCUUAAACUUCCCUCUCAUUUUCCCUCCCAUUUUUAUUAUUUUUGUCUAUAAAUACCUUCAUAGUUCUUCAUAAUGGCCGUUACUCGUUCAUCACCAUCUCCGGCCAAAGUUACAAAACCCACAAAACAAUCGCAGAAAACCAGACCCAAAUCAAAAAUGGGUAAAAAAAAUCUGAAAGAGAACCCUCCUAGCCCCACUUCCCCUUCUGUUAAAAGAAAAACCAUUGCUGGACCUUCGAAGAACACUCGAGGAAAAAGACCUCGAACUGUUGUUGAAAAUUCAAACUCAGAUUUUGAGUUGGAUUCUGAAUUUCUUAAGUCGCCUGUUUCUGUUAAGGUAUUUUACUAUUUAUCUGUUGUUGUUUUUGAGGUUUUUUGUUUUUUUGUUAAAUUCGAUUUUUGAAGUUCAUAUAUCUGGGUAUUUGUUUGUUUUUGUUUAUGUAUUUGUAAUUGUUUUAUAUAUCUUGUUUGAUUUAUUUAUGUGUUUUUGUUAAUUUUUUAUUUGUUGUUUUGUUGGUGUUGUUUUUUUUUAUUUUAGGGCAAGGGUAAAUCCCCUGUGAAGGUGUUGCCAUCAUCAGGUGUUUCUGAAGAAAUUCCUGUUAAUAGGAUUGUUGAGGUUUGUCAUGUUAUGCAUUCUGUUCUAUGUUUUUUUGUUGUUUUUUUGUUGUUGUUAUUUUCGUAGUGUUUUAUGGUGUUUUAUCAGUGUUUUCAUUGUUCUGUUUUUUAGGAUUGGGAAUGCAAGUACACUCGAUCUCAAUUUUAUCAUUCUAGAGUAGUAACAUCUGGGUAUUACUCUGUACUUGGUGACAUUAAGAGAAUUUUAAAUGAAAGCCAAUUGGAAAUUUUUUCAAAAUCUGUGUUUGGUUAUUUUCUUCGAAUUCCUGAGUACAUAAUUCAUUACCAAUUGCUUCAUUGUUUGCUGUUGAGGGAGGUUCAGCAGCCUAAUGGGUUGGAGUUUUGGGUUUGUGUCCAAGGGAAAUACCUUAGGUUUAGUAUCGAAGAGUUUGCGUUGGUCACGGGGUUAGAUUGUCAUGUUGAUUCUGAUUUUUAUCAGUUUAAGCAAGAUGAUAAUGAAUUCGUCAAAUCUUGUUUUAAGGGGUACAAAAAAAUUACCAAGGGUGCUAUUCAGACUGCUUUUAUUGCUGACAAUCUUAAGGAUAACGACGAUCUUGCAGUCAAGUUGGUUGUAUUGUAUUUUGUGCAGUGUUAUUUGUUAGGUGGUCCCCCGGGUAAAGUUGUUUCGUCUGAGGAAAUAGAUGUUGUGGAUAGUGGUCGAUAUAAUGAAUUUGGGUGGGGCAAGCAUUGUUUUGAUAUCACUAUGCAUUCUUUGAAGGGUAAGAUAGAUUCUGGUUAUAAGAGGGUAGUUCGUAGUGACGAGGAUGGUGGGUAUUACAGGUUAUUGGGUUUUCCUUUGGCUAUUCAAUUCUGGUUUUUCGAGUGUUGCCCGUAUGUUAUUGGGAAACUAUCCUUGUACUCAAAUGUUGGCAUUCCAAGGAUUUUGAAUUGGCCUAAAUUACCCAAGGACAAGGAGGGUAUGGUGAAAAUGGAUGUCAUGAACACCCUCAUUUUCGAUCGGUCUUUGAAAGAGUUAAAAUUAAGAAACCUCACUCCAACUUCCGUUGAGAGAUUGAGUUUGAGCCUCACUGAUUUUUUCUCUGGUGAGACUACUCCCGAGGCUGUGAAAUUCAAAAUUAAAGGUGGUUCCAAGCCUGCUGGUCAACCUGGCUUGAUGGGUUCUUCUUCAUCAACUGCUCAUGAGAAUGUCUCCCGAGUUGAGUUUGAGGAAUUUAAAAAGUGUUUAUCUGUUGUUGUCAGCCAGCAAGGGAUUCUUAUGAAAUCUGUUGCUGAGAUGAACAAGAAGCUGGACAUUCUUAUUGAGUCAUCCCAAGGUGGUCUCACUCACAAUGGAUCUCAGUCUGAAGAUGCUCUUCGUACUUCAGAAAAUGAGGAUGAUGAAGAUUCCACUUCGGAGGAAGACGAGGAUGAUAAAUUCGACGAUGACAAAGGAGAUGAUCAUCAUGACGAUGAAACUGAUGAUGAUGAUGAUGAUCUGGGUGGAGAUGGUGUUGGUGCUGGUCAGGAUGAGGCUCACACGGGCGAUGUUCGUAACGAUGAGGGUGUUGUUGUCCCCGCGGUUGUUUCGAGGGAUGAUGAUACCGGCAAGGUGGAUGAUGCCAAGAAUUCUGACCCUGUGGAACCUAUUGCAGAGAUCAAACAGGUGUAUUUCUUGUUUGGACAUCAUUUUUGUUUGUGCUUUUUUGUGUGUAUUUCUGUGUUUUGUGUUUGUUUUAAUAGUUUUUUACUGUUUUUUUUGUUAUCAGCCUGAACAGUCUCAAGGUGGGGAGGAGAACAUUGAUGUUGAUGCAACAAUUGCAUCUGCUGUUAAAGCUGUGGAGAAUUUGGUUUGUGUUUAUGUUUUUUUUUUUUGUAAUUUGUAUUUAUUUGGUAUUCUAUUGUUGUUUUUAUGGUGUUUUUAUUGUACUAUUUGAAAUUUAAAAAUAAGUCUUUUUAUUUAUCCUUUCUCUUUUUUAGAUUGGUUCCUCAACUCAUGCCCCUGCUCCUGUUGAGACUUCUGAGAAGACUGAUCUUGAAAUGGUUGUUUUUCAAGAGACUCCUAUUUUACGUCCUCAAAAGAGGGAUCGGAAGAAAGGAGCUGUUUUGAAAUCCCCAUUCAUUGAGCUUGCUUCUGGUGCAUCUAAAUCAGGUUCAUCCUCGGUUUCUCCUGAUGAUUCUGUGUAUAAGGUCGUUAAAUAUGUGCGUGGUUUGUGCCCGUUGGACAACAAGAUUGGUGAACCUGUCGAUCCGCAAUUGGAAGCUGAGUUUGUCAAGUGGGUUGAUACAGGUCUUAGAAAGCAUAAAUCUAAGUAAGUAUUUUUGUAGGUGUUUUCAGUUGUAUAUCUGUUAUCGUUUUCUAUUUGUUUUUUAUUUUUUCAUUUGUGUUUUGAUAUUUUUUUAUUUGUUUUUUUUUAGCACAACAACUAAUGUGUAUUGUAAGGGUAAGGACACUAUAUUUCCGCCAUUUCGUUUUGGUGUUGAGGACAUCAGCAACAAGAUGUGGUUUCACAACCUUGCCUACCCGAAUUGUUUCCUUACCAAUUCUGUAAGUUUUUAUUUUAUUAUUAUUAUUUUACAUAUUGUUUUUUUAUUUAUUUUUUUUAAUGUUUUUAAGUGUUGUUCUGUUAGUUUUUUAUAAGUUUGAAUGUUUUUUUACUUACUUUUUUUUAUCUGUUUGUUCAGCACAUUGACAUCAUUUUCUAUUAUCUUCGUAAGAAAAUAAUGUACUCAGCCGAGCCGAAAAUCAAAGUCACCACAACUGAUUGCCUCUUUUGUUCUAGCAUAACAACUUUGUAGGAGAGGUUUGUUGAGAAAAACAACGAUAUAUCGGUGUUGUCUCUUUCUCACAAUGUGGCCCAGUAUAUUCAAGGUGGUAAGAUAUUAUGUGCCACUCCUUGGCAUUUGGUUGAUCAUGUUGUUAUGCCUAUCAAUGUAAAAUUACAGGAUCAUUGGAUUUGUGGUCGUCUUAACAUAGUUGACAGGCGCAUAUAUCUGUACAAUUCAUUGCGUUCUGGG